AUGCAGCCUCUCUCUAAAGAGAACCGGAUUGCCACGGUGAUUGCUAUCUCCUCCGCCUUCUUCCUGGUGGAAAUCGUCAUUGGCUUCCGCAACCAUUCACUCGCGCUUGUCGCCGACGCGUUUCACGUCGCCUCGGACCUCAUAGGCUUCGUCGUAGCCCUGAUUGCUACGCAGAAACGAAACAGCUCGAAUGUUGCACCCCAAGGAUUUACAUUCGGCUGGCAGCGGGCAGAGCUACUUGGAGGCUUCUUCAACGGAGUGUUCUUGCUCGCACUGGGUGUCUCGAUCCUGCUCCAGACUAUAGAGCGCUUCCUCUCCCCCGUCAAAGUUACCCAGCCCAAAUGGGUGCUCAUUACGGGCGCCAUUGGUCUAGGACUCAAUGCGCUCAGCGCUGCCAUCCUAGGCGGACACGGUCACGACCACGGUGACCAGAAGAAGGCAGACGAUGCGCCGCCCCCUAAUGCCGCACACCACCAUGGGCACGCGCACACAGUCAUCCCCGCCCGACACAAGGAACACGCCGACCUGGGUAUUCUUGGAGUCCUCAUCCACCUCAUAGGCGAUGCGAUCAACAACGUCGCCGUUAUGGUCUCCGCCGGGAUACUCAUGGCCACGGGCUUUGUGUACGCGGACCCUCUUGCAUCCGCGUUCGUCGGGGUGAUGAUCGUGGGCACGUCGCUGCCCUUGGUCCUGCGCACGGGGCGUAUUCUUCUCGACAGCGCGCCCAUGCCUGUCGAAGGUGUCGGGCAGGAUAUUCUGAAGGCUACGGGUGUAGAAGGGCUUCACGAGAUGCACGUGUGGAGCCUCACGCAAAGCAAGGCCCUGGCCACGGUUCAUGUCGCGACUUCGAACGAUUCGGUGACGGAUUUCAUGGCCUCGGCCAAGCGUAUUAAUGAGUGCCUUCAUCACUGGGGUAUUCACAAUACUACGAUCCAACCGGAGCUCGUGCAGCCCUCCGCGAGUUUGACUACGGAGGGCGUCCUCGAGGCGGACAGAAGCACGGCAACGGCCAGAGGGCUGACCACGAGCACGUGUCAGUUGCGAUGUCCGGACGUCACUUGCAGGAACGAGGUGUGCUGUGACACGGACUGA